UAGUUCAGGACUAUAGCUAACGAGCCAGCACGCACCAUUUGCAGAGUGGAGAGAGAGAAGACCGGAGCAGAAAACGUCGAACUUUUAGCAACUAAGUUUUUCGGACAAAUUACAAACAUACGAUUUCAAGUGUUUUUUGAGGAUCUGUGUUUGUUCGUCAGAAAGUUUGCACGACUAUUGCUGAGGAAAUGCAGAAUGUGCAAGAAUUGGGUCAAGCCUACACAAUAAAUAAGGUACUGUGAAGUAACACGAAGUGAGUUUUAUGCUGAUCCGAAUGCCUGUGGUCCUCCACGCACUCCAGAGACAUAUGACGCGGUUGUUGCUGAUCUCCAGUCUGAAACUAUCCAAGACGUCAGAGGAAUAAAGAUGUCGCCAUCACGGAAGUCCUACCAGAACUUCAAGCGGUGAACAAAAACAUCCUGGAAGAGCACUUGCAGUCCAUUGGAGUUGAGACAAGUGAUGAUCUACUCUUUGUAACGGAGGCAGAUUUGAUGACAGUAUUAAGACCUGUACAAGCAAGAAAGCUUCUUUCUGCUUGGAAACAGAAAUACCAAACUCCAAAGAACAGCUCGCCAUCAUCUGUGGAAGCCUCACCCACCCAGUCGCUGUCAUUGCUCUCUGUUUCACCCCAAAGUCUAUCGUCGACCUCCUCCAGCAGCCCAGGAUGUGACACACAUUGGGAUGACAACUUUGAAAUUCCAUGGAGUAAACUUCCUGCAGAAGUGAUGCAUUUUCUGGAGAGGGGGAGGCAAAUGGUCCGGAUUGUUGUGACUGAGUUGAUGGAAAAAUGCCCUCAUGUAGGUAGAAAACAUUCAAUUGACGUUGCAAAAAAAAUGGUGGCAAAAUAUCCCAAUUCUCUGCAAGAUGUAAUAGAGGGUGAUAUUGUUGGCGCAGGCUACCUUUCCCUUGUCAAACAGUUGCAGAACAGAAUUGAAAAUGUAAGGCGCACUUCAACACCCAAAAUAAGAAAAAGAAAACAUCAGACUGACUCAGACCACACAGACGAGAUCCCUUUGGAAGAAAGAGCAGCAAUGCAGGAUACAUACGGGUGCAUUAAAUGGAAUGUAGAAUUUCUGCCUCUUGAAGAAACUCCAGAGAGCCAACAGCAAAAGAUGGAAAAACUCAAGGUGAUGUUCCAGCAAGCUGACGCCAAUCCAGAAGAGGAACUUACUGGGAUUGACCUCAAAGAGACAUUCACACGAAAUUUGGAUUUGAAGGGGAAAAGGCUUCUGGACUACUUGACCACAGUUGCUGUCAGCAAAAGCAAGGCGUUCCUUCAGACUUAUGCAAGGCUUCAGAGGAUGUGGGGACUGCAGAGUGGCUGCUCAGAUGAUAUGAAAGAGAUGGUCCUGCUUCUGCUCAGCUACUUUGAAGAGAAGGAGGAGUCCAUGCUUUUCUGUGUUGAAGAUACAUGUCUGGCAGAUGAGGUACAACUGGAGCAAGUGCCUCUGACACCCACUAUUAUUGUGUGUGGACAGUCCUGCUCUUCCUCAAGAAGAUACAUGCUGAGUAUUGAUCGGAACCUCGUCAGCACAAACAUAGCCUCCUUCAUUUCUGCACUGUGCCUCAUGUUUGGGAGCUACUACAAUUUUAACAUCCAUUAUCCAUCUGAGCUGGCUUCCACUCUAGAGUUUCUUCAGAGAAAAAGGAACCAAAGUAGAGAACAAAAACUCAAAGCGUCGUCUCAGUGUGAACCCUCGAGUCCUCACCCUGAUUCAGGAUCUCGCCGACCACGAGUGGCGCUAAGCCUAAAUCUUGACUCUCUGUGGACUGUUAGUUUUACUUUGUUAAUUUUGUUCCACAAUGUGUACUGAAACCUUUUACUGGUCGAAUGCAUGAAGCCAAUUCAUGAAGAUGUUCUUGCUUUGAAGGAAUGUUCUUUAUAAAAAAACAAAACAAAAAAAAACAUGCUGCUACUGCAGUGUUUCUAGACUACAUGUGUAGUUUUGUUUCACCACGUGGUUUUCCUGAUGUGUUUUCUGACCAAGGCCAUGGUUGUGGUGACAGCAGGGUGCGUGUUGCGUUGCAUGGUCAUUAUGAUCAUUUUUGGCACAAUAUGUGAUUUUUGUUUUAAAGGAAUGUUCCACAGCUUUUAUAGCUUGUAUUGUGAUUGAAUUGUGUAGUUGCUGUGUGCCUUGCAUAUUGUGUUAGUUGGAAAAAAUGCAUCCAAUUGCUGUCAUUUGGCCAAUCUGGCUGCAAAAUAAAUUUCCCAAAAGUGA